UUCUCUCUCGUGUACAAGAAGGUGUUUCCGUACAGCCUUGUGGUGGGGGGCAUAGAGGAGGGCGUGCAGCUGGGCUUCAGCCUCUUCUGGGAGAUCAGAAAAACAGCGCGCAGGCUUUUGGGGCUGUACCGGGAGAACAAAACCCCGAGAGUCUUUGGAGUGGCGUGCAGGGCUGGAGAAAUAGAGCACUACUUCUUCGAGAGGGUGCUGCACACGCUCUGGGACUUUUCGGGGCUCCCUGAAGAGAUCAUGUACAACCCCGAGAAGCUCUCCCGGAAAGUGGAGGAUGUGCUUUACCACAUGGUCAGAACGUGCAAGGAGGGCUGCACGCUUUCGAUUCUGCAGGAGAUACAGGCGGCGUUGGACGGGCCGGACAGCGGGCAGGCCCUUAGCACAGUAGAAAACCUUCUGGGCAGAAUAACCUCGGAAUAG